UCUCCGGUUAAAAAUAGACAAUGAACUCAUCCACCGUGACGUCACGCUCUGGAAUCCAAAAGUAAACAACUUUACUGCGGGCAAUGUUUACAAAACUUCCGUGACGAGAAAAUCAUAAGUUGAAAGUGUUCGCUAGUGAAGCAAGAUACGAAAGAGUGUUUUUCGAGUAAAAAUGACCCUAAAGUGCAUCGCAUAUAAGUGUAAUUCAACGCAUAAUACUAAGGGGAUGCAUUUUUUUCGAUUCCCAAGCGUGAGAAGCGGUAAAAUGAUGGGGCGUUCGAAGCAAAGACUCCAUGAAUGGCUGAAAGCUCUUGGAUUCCGGGACAGUUUCAACCCGAAGAACAAAUACAUAUGUGGCCAGCAUUUUAUUUCCGGUAAAGCUGCCUGCCUCUCUGACGCAAGAAAUGUGGAUUGGAUUCCUUCAAUUAGCAUCGUCAAGAUGAAUUCAGAACAAUCUACUGAUAGCAACGACUUGGUAGUAGCCGAUUCUGAAGUGAUGACCAGUCCAAGCUUCGAAUCCUUUGAGGGACCUCUUCUCGAUGUUUCCAAUUUGAACUCCACGGUAUUACCACCGAACCAGUCAGCGAAUAAUGUUUCUACAGCUCAUGAUUGCUCCGUGCUUCUCCAUCAAGCUGACAAUGUCAAAGCCGAGUCUAUUGGAGAUGGUCGCUUAAUUGUCGAUCAGAAUGACUAUGAAUCAUUUGCGAGAGGUUUGUUGGAAGAAGCCAACCUAUUUUCUACCGCAUUGCAGAAUAAUAAUGAUCUUCCAAUGUCUCUCAAGUUCAUGGAUGAAUCUGUUGAAGAAGGCAUGUACAGCAGCACCAGCAAAGCCAGCUUCCAAUUGGCCUGCUCUUCUGAGUCGAUCAGAGAUGCUAGUUGUGUCCGCGAACAUAACUAUUGUAAAGUAAAGCAGCCACGCUUUAGCUCAGGCCUCAUCAUCUUAACCCCCCCUUUCACUUCGGCAUCGCACUCAAACUAUGAUUCUACCAAUACCGCAUCAACAUCGCAUUCUUUCAAAGUGCACAGCUCUACUACGAACUCAACCAAUGCAAGUGGUGAUGCUGAACACGAAAAUGCAAUUUAUGAAAAUUCGGAUGAUUUGCACUGCUCCGAACUGGAAAAUUUGAAAGAGGUUCAAAAACAUCAAGACGGAAUCAUGAAAGCUUAUCAAAUAGAACUAGCAAGAUUGCAAACAAAAGUAGGCGCAUUAGAGGAGGAACUUAUAAAGAAACAAUAUGGCUUAGAUUGGAUAAAUGAUGACAAGCGAUGUAGAUUGUUCACAGGAAUCAGUAGCUUUAGAACUUUAAGAACAAUCUAUACAUACGUCGAGAACUGCUUGUUUCAGUCCCACUGUACUUUAACAAAGGAUCAAAUGUUCAUCAUGACUCUUCGAAAAUUGCGACGCAAUACUCCAUUUGUGGAUUUAGCUGAGGAGUAUUCAGUUUGUACUACUACUAUUUCGAAGUAUUUUCACCGAACGUUAUUUGUUUUGUAUGGAGCAUUGAAAUAUGCUUUAGAACCCGUUUCGAAGGACAUUAGUAUCCGCCAUCUCCCUCGUAUUUUUAAAGACAAGUAUGGUUCUCGACGCAUACACAUCAUCGAUUGUUUUGAAGUGGCUACCGAAGAACCAACGGAUCCUAAAGCUGCUCUCUCCCAUCACAGCUCUUAUAAAAUGAGAGAGACUACUAAAUUUAUGAUUGCCAUGUCGGCUGAUGGCCGAGUGUCAUUCAUUUCUCAUGCGUACGCUGGUCGGUGUUCUGAUCGCAAAAUUGCUGAAACAUCUGGUUUCCUUGACAUGCUUGAGCCAGGCGAUGUCGUAAUUGCUGACAAGGGCUUUGAUAUAAGCGAUAUGAUAUCAUCAAGAGGUGCAGUUCUAAAUAUUCCUACGUUUUUAAGAAAGGACUCACAAUUGAAUCCCUUACAUUUAGAGAAUGACAAACAAAUUACUACAUUAAGGGUUCAUGUAGAGCGAAUUAUUGGUGUGCUUAAAUCUAAGUAUGAGUAUUUGAAUGGUAUAAUUCUAGUAGAUUCACUAAGACGUUUUGAGAACAACAUUAAUGCUGUGGAUUUAGCGGUCUGGGUAUGUUGCAUAUUGAUUAAUUUUAAUAAGUCAAUUGUUUAAGCAUAUAAGAGCAUUUCCCUGGA